AUGUUGGAAAUUACUUGCUCUGGAACUCCGUAUGAGAUUGGCUUCCACCACGGAAGCAAAGCCAGGACACUGGUGCAUGGAAGUGUGGAAUAUUAUGCCCAAUAUUUCCAGAAGAAUAGCAAGAUGAGCUGGGAGGCUGCCGAAGAUGCGGCGAAUGGAUUCUAUCCGUUCCUUGAGCACCAUGUUCCUCAUCUUGUCGAGGAGAUGCGAGGCAUCGCCGAUGGCGCUGAGCUCCCCUUCGCGGCCAUAUUGGCGCUGAAUGCGCGGACGGAAAUCUCGAUGGGCAUGAUGAACGACGGUUGCACGUCUCUGUCCUGGGCGACGGAUACGUUUAGCGUCGCCGGUCAGAACUGGGAUUGGGAUAUACCGCAGAAAGCCCGGCUCGUCCUGAUGCACGUCAGGCCCGCCGCCGCCGCCGACGGCGCCGUUCAACGACCACCCGCCAGCCUCGUCACCGAGGCCGGACUCCUCUGCAAGAGCGGCCUCAACGCAGCCGGCGUCGGAGUCUUCGUCAACGCCAUCAAGGCCCGGGGCGUCAAGUUCGAUGCGCUCCCGAUCCACGUGGCCCUGCGCGCGGCGCUCGAGUGCGAGAGUCGGCCCAAGGCGGUCGCGCGGCUGCGCGCCCUCACCCUCGGCACGUCGGGCCACAUCCUCGUCGCGGACCGCACCGGCGGCGCGUCGCUGGAAUUCAGCCACCUCGACGUUCUGACGCUGGACGCGGACGCGGACGGGCAGCUUGCGCAUACGAACCACUUCCUGGCUGCGCACGACCCCGCGGUGCGGGACGUGCACACCUUCCCGGACUCGCUGGCGAGGAUGCAGCGGAUCGGCGUGCUGCUGGGGCGAGGCAGGAGGGACGUCACGGAGGGCGGCGGCGCGUUGUCGCCGGUGGAGUGCUGCGAGCGGAUGCUGGAGGACGAGGACGGGUUCCCAACGGCGAUCAAUCGGAAGAGCAGCUCGGUCCGGGAGAGCGAGACGCUGUUCAGCAUCAUGAUGGACUUGCGGGCCAAGGUGGCGCGUGUGAGGCUGGGUCGGCCGACCGAGCCGGAGGGUUGCUGGACGCUGAAACCCGCUGAGCUGUAG